AUGUUAAAAAUUAAAAAUCGAUUCGGAAAUUGCCCAUUUUGGUGGCUUUUUGUUGUUGCUAUUAUUCUAAAUGGUAGCUGUCUGUCACAUCUUCUAGCACCAGCUAUUCUAUCCACAAAACUUCAGCUGAAAGCCGAUACGAUCGAAUACGUUGGUUUUCCACAGUCAGCACUUAAUGGUACUGAAGUGGAAAUACGUCUUCAAUGCGUUGAUGAUUCAGAUCUGACAUUUCAAGUGCAAUAUGUUAUAAGGAGUUCCCCAUGUGAUAAGGAAUUUUUCGACGCCGGUCGACAUGCUCAAGUAAAAGAUUUGUUGAAUUUCUAUUUUGAACAUGAGUGGGAGAUACCUUCCGGAUACGAUUACACGAAAAUUUUGUUCUACAAAUCUCAGCCACAGCAGUUCAAUUGUCAUCAGUCACAUGGCAUGGUACUUGUGCAGGAAGAUGAGCGUCCACGUCGGCCAUUGGAAGUACAUGAUGUCAAGGAGGCAAGUUCCAAAUACUCGAAUAUCCUAAGUGCAACCACAUCACAUUCUAUACGGAAUCGACACAUUGUUGGUCGAGAACAACAAAUUGAAAGAAGAUUUAAACGUGAAUUCGCUGGUUUGAAUGGUGAUUCACUGGAUGGUGGCACUAAAACAACUCUUAGUUCUUGGCAUCCAGUGCAGAAGCUUCCAGCAGAUGGCAUAUAUUUUUUGGUAAUCAAAUUUACUGUUAUAAAAUCCAAUUUAUUUGUGAAGACUACUCAAGUACCACUUGUCCACAAUUUAACAGUAGAUGUGCAGUGGCGUAGUCCUUAUGGGCAUUUAAGUGCAAUCGAUUACCCACUUCUGAGAUUUUAUGCUUUUAUGUGGCUUUUUUAUGCUACGUUAGCUAUCAUUUGGUUAAUAUGUUGCUUACGUUACUGGAUGGAUAUUUUGAGAAUACAGUUUUGUAUCGGUGCUGUGAUCGUUGUUGGAAUGAUCGAGAAAGGAAUGUUUUAUUCGGAAUAUGCAACAAUGAAUGAACAGGGCUCUACUGUUCAUGGUUUCAUUGAGAUAGCAGAAUUAGUGUCAUGCUUGAAACGAACAAUGGCUCGUGUAUUGAUUAUAAUAGUUUCACUUGGCUAUGGUGUUGUGAAACCAAGACUUGGUAAUAUUAUCAGUCAGGUAAUUGGCGUGGGCUUUAUUUAUUUUGUAUUCAGUGCUAUGGAAGCGAUGGCUAGGGUGAGCAAGAAUCAAGUAGAAGGAUUGAAGCAAAAACAGUUGGCUGCUUUACCGUUGAUAUUGGUCGAAGUAAUUAUCUUUUGGUGGAUUUUUACAUCACUUAUCAGUACUAUGCGAGUAUUGAAAAUGAGAAGAAAUAUGGUAAAACUUUCUGUAUACCGUCACUUUACCAAUGCAUUAUGCUUCUCAGCUUUCAUAAGCAUAAUAUUCAUGUGCUGGACAAUAUACAUCCACAAUAUGCAGCGGUGUUUAGUUGAUUGGAAAGAAUAUUGGAUAGAUACAGCCUUUUGGCAUAUCCAGUUCUGUUGCAUUCUGGUCGUCAUUAUGAUUUUAUGGCGUCCAUCACGCAAUAAUCAACGUUAUGCUUUCACACCACUGCUUGAUGAUAGCGAGGACGAGAAUGACGACGACGAACUUUUCAAUACCAAUUACUGCGCUAUGGCUGGAUUAAAUAAACGGACUACUACUAUGGUUGGUUAUACUUCUGCUCGUGACCAAGAAAGUUCCUCUAACAAGAAUCAAUAUGAAGCUCAAGAAAAUGACCAGAAGUUGAAGGAAGAGCUGAAAUGGAUUGAGGACAAUAUCCCAAGCACAUUUGCUGAUCGCUUGUUGAUGAAUGAUGAAGAGGACAGAGAGCAGAUGGAAUUGGAACUUUCCAAAAUGCUUUAA